UUAAAUUUUAGUGUAUGGAGCAAGUAUGGAUAAUUCUUGCCUGCCCUAGGGUUCAAAAAUGUGAUUCAUGUAAAACAAACCAUUGAACUAAAUGACCAAUAUGGCCGUUUAUUUUAAAGGCAAAGGAUAAAGUAACGACUGGGCACCGUGAACCAACACCUAAAUAGAGCCCUAUAUGGGCAUUUCAAUUGCGAUUUAAAUUCUAGCACCACAAUAUGCCAGUGGUGCUAACUAGUUGCUACACUGGAUAAUUUUCUACCUUAUGCGUACAUUUCUUCUCAGUUUCGUCCUGAUUGAAUUACAAAUACUCCGUGUUGUUGCUACUCUUGAUGGACAGGUUGACAACAAGCCGAUCGGCAUUCAGCUAAGAAAAUCUGAGAACGUCGAGGACAGUUUGUCAGUGAAAACAGAUUAUAAUACCAAGGCAAAUUAUGAAGUUGUCAAGGGAGAGGAUAGCUCUAUGAACUUCACUAAAGAAGAAUUGACCGCUUUGCUCGUGAGCCGUGGAUAUACGGUAAAAGAUGGAUCGAAUGGUCGGCUUCUUGGAAUACUUGAUGAUGUUGCUUUCUAUCCAGAGGACUUACUUCCUGAACUCGGAGCAAUUGAAGGUCGCCAAAAUUUAGAGGUAAGGAGUAAACUUUGGCUAGACGACGGCAAAGAAACCAUAGUAGCCUAUUAUUUUGAUACUGAAACGAAAGCCGACCAAGACAUAUUUGAGCAGGCUGUAAAAAGCUGGUCAGACAACACUUGCAUUAAGUUUUCUAAGAAGCCACCGAACAAGUGUGAUGCUGAUAUCGGCGAGCCAGCAGUUUGCGUCGGGGCGUUCGGAGGCUGCUGGUCGCUGCUGGGCCGCCACUAUGGAACGGGCAAAGACCGGUCAUCCCAGAAGAUGUCCGUUCAGCCGGGAGGCUGUGAGCUGGUGGCCGCUGCUCACGAAUUCGGACAUGCUCUUGGAUUGCUGCAUGAAAUGGCAAGACCAGACCGUGAUAAGCACAUCAACGUGCAGUUUGAAAACAUUGAAGUAAAACUAGAGAAGAUCGCGGAGCAUUUUAUUAAACAUUCGUGGUCACAAGCAGGGAAGUUUUGUCCGAAGGAGGUAUAUGGUGCCCCGAAACCUUAUGACCCGAUGUCACUGAUGCACUAUGCUACGUCGUCCUUCGCGGGGCUUGAUCAGAGACCUGUUUAUCUUCACAAAAAUCCACACUAUCAAUACAUGUUCGACUAUCAUAGGCCUGGUGGCUAUUUGCAGACACAUUAUGAUAGUAUGAUCGUCAACCUGGGAUACAAAUGUGUAUCGAAAUGGACCAAGAGCUGCGAGGACAGUGGCAAAAGUGCACCAAAGUGUAAAAACUUUGGCUAUCUCGGAAAGGACUGCAAAUGUAUUUGUCCAAAAGGCUUCUCAGGCAGCUCAUGUGGAUCAAAAGACGGACCAAUUUUCCCCGUGCUGGAUAGAGCUAAGGCUAUGCUGGACAUAUCAGAGCCUGGCCUGGUGGAUAUGAAGGGAAAAGGAAUGCACGACGAGAACCACAACUACCCGCGGCCGGACUUCAACACUUGCCAGUUCAUCACAGUCAUUAUCAAAAGCGGCGAAGAAACUCGCAUCAAUGUGGACGUGGCGCACGAUUUCGCAUCCAUCAAGAGCAACUUUGACGACACCGUAGAAAUGUGGAUGGCCAACGACCUGGAGUGUCAGUACGGCAUGCAUGUGUACAUCGGAGAGGGGGCGGUGGGCAAGAUGCGGACGGAGAGUAUCUCCUCGCUGGUGAAUAACGAGCCGGAGGGGUACCGGCCAGUGCUGCGGUCCAGGACCAACGAGCUGGACAUCAUCGGCAUGGCCGGGUGGACGCUCUCCUUCAGCGGGGGACCGGCGACCGUGAGGAAGUCGAUGCAGUUCAAAUUCACCGUGUCGUUCCUGGACAGACCCGAAGACAGCCUCAGUGUCGAGGAGAAAAAUCACGGAAAGUUCGUCGGGGCAGUGGCAGAAGCGCAGAAGAUGAUACAAAAGGCGAUCCACAAGAACGCGAUUCUAAUCGUCGCUAUAUUGGUGUUGGGGUUGAUCAUGUUGGCAUCAGCCUACGGAUACAGGAGAUUUCAACAGGAAAAGACUGACGAACAGCCGCCCGACCCAGAAGGCUCCAAAGAGGAAUCGCAGGGCUCCUCCUCCUCCGAUGAUGAUAGUGACUCUAGCGACAGUUCCGACUGAAGUUGAUUUUCGACGGUACUGUUGCCGGAUUUACGUGGUGAGGUGGGCACGGGCUGCCCACCAUCUUCUGUUGGCUCAUACGGCGCUGUUAAUUUUAAAGCGUGCCCCGUUGAAAACAAUGAAAUGACAGCAUUGUGAAACUCUCACUGUACCCUUCAAAUAAGUGCCAUCAGAUAUUCACAGUACAAAAAUUGCCGAAAUACAAGGAUAUUUAGAUAUUCAAGUAGGUUUACAAAAGAUAAUGGUCAACCGAUGCAAUGGCGCGCGCAUCUCAACUGCAGACGACAGCAGUUUAUUCAACUGAAGAUGGUCGAACUGUGGGCAGUGGGCACAGCUCUGCUGAUGACCAACUCAAGUGACGUUAUUCCUACACUCUAUACCUACAAUAAAAUGGGUAGGGGGUGUUUUCAUCCACCCCUCCGGUUUUUCAUGAGCAUCUCCGAAACGGUGGAAAAUAAAAUGCUGAAAUUUA